AUGAGGGAAGUCAACUUCAGCAUCCCCAACGUCAACAAGGCGUCCGUGGGCAUCACCACGGCCCUCUACGACCGUCGUGCUCUCGACUGUACAUCGACUCUUCCCCUCAUCAACUCCCUCAAUCACCUCGCCUACCUCACCACCUCGUCGGCCCGCAUUCGCGACAUCCUCACCGUCGAUGGAGGCAUCGAACGCCUCGUCUGCAUCCUCAAACAAGGUCGGAGCAAGGACAUGAUGGGCAUGUGGAAGUGGAACCUGGCCUUUCAGUGCGUCGUCAACAUUGGUGUCAGGGGUACCGAGAAUGUGCGGACUCGCGUCGUCGAGGCCGACAUGGUGCCCAUCAUCGCCACCAUCCUCGACAACUACAUCAAGGUCAUCGACAAGUGCCGCGAAAAGGCCGAAGAGGCGAACCAGAAGCACAUGCAUGACCAUCAUCAUCGCCGACACAGAGCUCACGACCAUCGAGCCGCCAAGGCAUCGUCGUCCUUUGCCAACCGUGCUGGCCGCUCCGAUCUAGAUCAGAGAUCUGUCCGCAGGAGCGGCCCGCCUCCCAUUGAUGUAUCUGCCACCUACGCAGGUCCCUCUACCGCGACUGCUCAGUCCAGCCUGGACCCCGCCGCUGCCGCCCCGGCGAGGGGCUUUCUGGCCAACCCUGAGCGACCUAUUGUAACCCCGAGCCGCUCGCAUCACAGUUUCCGUGCGACCGACGCAAGACUUGCCGGCGCUCCCGCUCCCAGCCAGCCCACGCAGUCGCUGGCACCGGCCGCCCCGACAAUGGACAGCAUCGAUGGCUUCGUCAGGCCGGUGCGCGACGUCGAGCGCUUGGUGUCCAUGGCGUCUUUUGGCCCGGCAGACACAACCUCUCUGCCAAACUCGCCCACCACGCCUCUCCCGCCCCCUCAGCUGCGUUCCCCGACCGUUCGGCCAGCAACAAAUAUGGACGCGUCCAACCGACCGCGACGGCGACCAUCGAUUAGACAUCAAAACUCAAUGGCUGAGACGGACGAUUUGCACGUCGACAGCAUGCCUUCCGACGAGUCUCCAGACGCCGAGAUGACGGGCACUGCAGAGAUGCAGUCCGCAGUCGGCAUCCAAGACAUUUCCAUGGACGAAGGUGAAAGCAUGCUGACGGGAGCAUCCCUCGAGUUGACAAACCCAACCGUCUCAGAGACGCAUCAAGAUGCCGGGGCCUUCAACAUCACGCAUCGCGGCGCUCCUAUUGACGGAAGUAUUGGAAACAAUGUCACCCAAACCCCGGUCCCGCCGAUAGGCUCCUCGCCGAGCCGACCGGCCCUGGUCGCCCCCUCGCAACCCGCUGGCCCCAACCCCGCCGUGCCUCGCUACCUGCUCGACCGACAUCUCGUGCCGAACCCACACAUGCUCACGGCGAUGCCUCGUGAGGAGGAUGUUCUCAUGUCCCUGCAGCUCCUCGCCUACGUCUCCAAAUAUUGCGGCCUGCGCUCCUAUUUCCAGAAGAGCCAUCUCGUGCCGAGGCUCACCAUUGGCAAGGACCUCGAGCUGCUCGAUGACGAGGAAGACGGCUCUGCGGAAGAAAUGGCUGUAGCUGCCGAUGAGGAGUACCUCUUGUCCAACGACUUCAAUCUCUUUCCGCUCGUCGAAAAGUUCACCGUCAGGUACCACAGCACCGACAUGCAAUACUGGGCGGGCGUCGUCAUGCGGAAUCUCUGCCGCAAGGACGAACCGCGCGGGGGCAUUCGACAGUGUGCGUACUAUCAAUGCGGGAAAUGGGAGGACAAAGAAUGUCAGAAGAGCGCCUGGGCCUUCCAUCGGCAUUGGUGCGUGGCUGCUUUGCAAUGA